UGGACACCAUUGGGGCUGGAUUCAACUGAGCACAGGACACACGAAAUACUCCUCUGCUUCCCAGGGCUCUGGCCCCACCUGCCUUGCCCCUCACGGCACUCUUCUUGAUUUGUUUCUGUCCUCCUUGGAUCCAGAAGAUGUCCCCAGGAGGCUGGUUGUGCUGGGCCUCAUUCCUGCUCCUGGCCAGGCCCAUCCUGCCUUGCCCCGUGGGCUGUGACUGCUUCGGGAGUGAGGUAUUCUGCUCCAGCGAGCAGCUGACCGCCAUCCCACUGAACAUCUCCUCACAUGUCACAGACAUUAUCUUUGUGGAGACUCCCUUCACCACAGUGGGGACCAGGGCUUUCAGCGGUAGCCCCAACCUGACCAAGCUGGUCUUCCUCAACACUCAGGUCCGUCACCUGGAGCCUGAUGCCUUUGGGGGACUGCCCAAACUGGAGGACCUGGAGGUCACGGGCAGUCACCUCUCCAACCUCAGUGCCAACAUCUUCUCUAACCUGAGCUCUCUGUGGAAGCUCACGCUGAGCUUCGACAGGCUGACAGCUCUGCCCGACGACCUCUUCCAGCAAAUGGACACCCUGGAGUUCCUCCAGCUUCAGGGAAACCAACUCCGGACCUUGCCCGGGAGACUAUUCCAGUCUCUGUGGUAUCUGAGGAGCCUCAAUCUGGCGCAGAACCUCCUGACAGGGCUCCCUAAGGGGCUGUUCCAGUCACUCCCCAGCCUGCAGGUGUUGAAACUGAGUAACAACAUGAUAGCCGGCCUCCCCGAGGGCCUGCUGGACCAUCUGGGCAACCUGCAAGAGCUCUUCCUAGACGGCAACGACUUCACAGAGCUGUGUCCGUGUGCGUUCUCGCAGCUUCUCAGCCUGGAGAAGCUGUGGCUGCAGCGCAACGCCAUCAGCUCCCUGCCGGGCUCCCUCUUCUCUUCCCUGCGCAACCUGACCUUCCUAAACCUGAAAGGCAACGCACUGCGGACCCUGCCCGCCGGUCUCUUCAGACACAACGCAGGCCUGCUCCACCUGUCCCUUUCCCACAACCAGCUGGAGACCAUCCCCGAGGACACUUUUGCCAACCUGUCCCGCCUUGACUCCCUCACGCUCUCACAUAAUGCCCUCACCCACCUUCCUGAGGAUGUUUUCAGGGACCUCAAGCGGUUGGUCAAACUCUGUCUGGAUGGCAAUAACUUGACGGCCUUGCACCCAGCCCUCUUCCAUAACCUGUCCAGGCUCCAGACGCUCAAUUUAUCCAGGAACCGGCUGACCACGAUCCCCCGGGGCAUCUUUGACACCAACUACGACCUCUUCAACCUGGCCUUGUUGGGCAACCCCUGGCAGUGCGACUGCCAUCUCUCCUACCUCACCAGCUGGCUCCACCUCUACAGCGACCGGCACUUCAACGCCGACACUCACUGCGCAGGCCCCGCCUAUCUCAAGGGCCUCUUGGUGCCGAACUUACAGCUGGAGCAGCUGAAAUGCCCGGUCGACUUCCAGGCCCUGGGCCUAGAUGACGGGGAGCCAGUGGGCGGUUGGGGUCUGGUGCCGGAGGGGAAGUCAGCCCACAGCCGUUGUGCCUACAGCAACCACGAGGGCACCGUGUCGCUCGCCUGCGAGGAGGCCCGGUGUCGCUGGCUCAACAUCCAGCUGCCUUCCAGGCCCGGUUCAGACUCCCCGGCCAUGGCCUUCAAUUCCAGUCAGGAGUGGGAGCUGCGGUCAAGCUGUGGUUCCGUGAGGGUCACCGUGUCUAUUGAGGCCCCAGUGGCCGCGCCCUAGCAGCAGAGAGAUUCGGAAGCCUCUCGGGGCAGAGGGAACUGAAUGUCUGAGGCUAAGGGACGUGGCCACAUCUCCAAGGGUAGGGAGGAGUGAGGCCGGCUUCACCUAGUGUCUCCCCAUCCUCCUUCAUGCCUCCUUCGUUAGACCUGUGGCCUAAUAAGGUCAUGCUCAAAUCUUCCAAGUCAUCCUUGGUCUAGACUGUUGGUUCUCAACCUUCCUGAUGCUGUGACCCUUUCAUAGUUAACCCACGUUGUGGGGACCCCAACCAUAAAAUCAUUUGUUGCUACUUCAGAACUGUGAUUUUGCUACUGUUAUGAAUCAUAGUGUAUAUAUAUAUAUUUUGGAGACAGAAUUUUGGCAAAAGGGGUCACGACCCACAGCUUGAGAACCAUUGGUCUAAAGGUUAAAAGACUGCCCUGUCCCUCCUAGUCAUAGUUUUCCUCUCAUUUAACCCCACCCCCACCCCCCGCUUUGAGUUCUAGCCUUGAGGUAUGUGCACCACUAUUGUGGUUAUACAGAGUAGAGGCCCCUUUGAAAGAUCAGAAGCCAAGUAAUUGUCUGUUUUGACUUCUUGCCCAAUUUUGUUUUCAAUGGGUAGAGAGAGGGAAAGGGCUAUUUUAGAGGAGCCGAGGUGAGCAGUAAAGGGUAGGGGCAGGGUUGUGUGGGGGAAAUGUUACUGUCCUGGCCACCUCUCAAGCUGCAUCCAGGAGAAAUCAAGGCGAGAAGGUGCCCUAGGGCAAAGCCGGGCUGUGUGGCUCUCAGCGGGGCAGCGUGGCUUUGUGGGUUCAGCACACAAGAUGGCUGUUCCUGGAGGAGGAAGGAAAUGGCCUGGGGUGGGGGGAGCUGGUGGACUGGGGUACCUGCUUUGUGCCCUGCCUUUCAGGGCUUCUGCCUCUGGGCUGCUCAUUUGUUGAAUAACUCUCUUCCAGUUUCUAAGGUGUCUCCUCUGUCCCACCUGGUGGGGUCCAGCCACCACUCACGGGAUGGAGACCUCAGCACUGGUCACCUCGCAUCUCCAUCUUGGACUCAGUACUUCCUCGGUGGUGAUCCACAUCUAAGCUGUGUCUCCACGGACUCCUGAUUUCCACCCAGCAGUCUGGCAAGCCCAACCCUAGGAGCUUCUCACGACUUCUCACUCCCCAUCCUCAGGCCGGUGAACGGUCCUCCCUCAUCUUCCCUUUCUUCUUUCUCAUCCCCAGACCCUUGCAUGGCCUCCUGCUUGGUUAUGGGGCUGCAGAGCGGAAUGGGAGUGAGAUGCAUCAUGGCAACCCCAGCGGCUCGCAGCUCAGGGGGGAAAUUAGACGGGAGUGGGUGGAGAGUAACCUCCAAAUGUGAAGAGGUCCGUGUGCGGGUGUGCCAAGGCCUUGGCAUCCAGGAGGUGUUCUAGCUGUAUUUGUGCUGUGAUGAAACACUGGGCAAACUGAGGCAACUCUGGGGAGGGAAGGGUUUAUUUGCCUUCUGAGUCCACAUGACAGUCCAUUGUUUCGGGAAAUCAGGGCAGGAACUCGAGGCAGGAACUGAAGCGGAAGCAAGGAGGAACACUAUAUUCUGCUUGCUUUCAGGCUUAUGUUCAGCGGCCUUUCUAAUACCUUGCAGGGCCCCCCCCCCAGGUGGUGCUGUCCACAAUGGACUGGGCCCUUCCACAUCAAUCAUUAAUGAAUAAAAAGCCCCACUGUUGGCCCUAAUGGUAGGCACCUUUAAUCCUAGCACCCAGAAGGCAAACACAAGUGAAUUUCUGUGAGUUCAAGGUCAGCUUCAUUUACGUAGAGAGUUCAAAGACAGCCAGAAUGGCAGAGUGAGAUUCUGUCUCACCAAUCAUCAUUAUCGUCAUUAUCUUCAUCCCCAAAGUCUUGUCUCUACACCAAUCUGUUAGAGGCAUUUUCUCAACUGGGUUCCCUUUCCAGACACCUCUUGCUUGUCCAAGUUGACAAAAUUAACCAACACAGGAGGCCUGUGGGUCCCUAGCCUUGAGGAAGCCACAGGCGGAGCAGAGUGGGAGUUAAAUGCUGGAGACAUGAGAGCAGGGAGGCUAGGACAAUGCACUGGAGAGGUCACGGGAGAGGUGGGGGAAAUGGGGAUGAAGGCCAAGACUUGGAGCCUCCUGGGCCUCUGGGGUAGGGUGUGAUGUGAAGGACUCUGGGGACAGAACCUGGGUCCUCUGCAAAGACAGAAGCAGUCCUAAGUGCUGAGCCACCGAUCUUGCCCCCUUUGAGGAAUCUGUUUGUUAAGGGUUCUUCAGGCAAUUCACAGGGGCAGGACAUGCUCCUGCCUAUGCUUCAAGCAGUUGACCAAGAACAGGAAGCCAGGAAAACAGCUUGAGCUGGUGCCCUGCUAGAGAUGAGAAUCAACAGGGCAGGGGAUGCUAAGGAAAGAGAACCAGAAGGUUUCAGCAGCUUAACACCACAUACACAGAUGGACUAAAGGCCCCGAUGGUAAAUUACAGAAAUGCAAAUGAACCAGGAUACAUACUUCUCUACAUCUAUUCUGUAGAAACAGGAAAGCUGGAGAGCUCAUAUGUAGUGGUAUAACAGAGCCCCAGACCUUAGCACACCUGACUCCAUGAUGGAAGUACCAUUUGGGCUGUAAAAAUAGCAUGUUGACAAUGCCACUGGCCAAAAAUGAAAACGAAGCCCUCAAAGCCCUAGGAAAGUCUCUAAAUCUGCUAACCUUGCUUUUUUGGCUUCUGUAGAUUUACUUCUUGCUCACUGUUCUUGUAAACUGAAGUAUGUCAACCCAGAACAUGGAUUUUGUGCUUAAAAACUCAUCCUAAGAAAGGCUCGAGUCUACACUGGGAUCCCAAACACCCAGUGUAAUCGCUGGCUGGCUAAUAAAGACUUUCUAUUGGCUUAAA